UUCCAGAACAAUCUGCCUUGGACUCCCAGAAAAGGUGUGUGCUUGAUCUAUCGCAGCGCACAGUCUUCGCGACUGUCUGCGCGAGCGCGCAACGUCCAGCACGAGAUAGACAGUGCUGACCAUGACUGUGAGCAGCACACCACGUAGUCAUAGGAGAACCUGUAGCAGAUCACCUUCACCAUGAAUCGAUCACUAUCUGUCCGCUCGAAGAAGGGCGGUGCGGGCGAGAAGACGGCACCGAAGCACCGCUUCACAAUGGCAUCUCUACGCGGCACGCAGCAGCCAGACCUCUCCAAGAAGCUCUUCAAGAUUAUCAAAUCGGAGAAUCAUGCCAUUGGUGCCUACGAAGCCGCAGCCCGUGAACGGGUCGGCAUCGCCCAGCAGCUUUCUGAGUGGGGUGAAGCGACCGAGGACGAGACAGUCUCAGAGAUCUCGGACAAACUAGGUGUCCUGCUCGCAGAGAUCGGAGAGCAAGAGGAUCUCUAUGCACAGGCACUAGAGGAGUACAGGGGCAUCCUGAAGCAUAUCCGUAAUACGGAGAGUUCGGUACAGCCUAGCCGAGACCACAAGUCCAAGGUGUCAGAUGAGAUUGCCAAACUGAAGUACAAGGAGCCUCAGAGCACUAAGAUCGUCCAGCUUGAGCAGGAGCUCGUCCGAGCCGAAGCCCAGAGCUUGGUCGCCGAGGCCCAAUUGAGCAACGUCACGCGUCAGAAGUUCAAGGAGGCAUAUGACCACCACUUUGCGGCCACGAUUGAGCGCGCCGAGAAGCAAAUCAUCUUAGCCAAACACGCACGCCGACUCCUGAAUCUUGUCGACGACACUCCCAUCGUCCCUGGCGACGUACACCCUGCUUUCGCCGAGGUGGAAGCAGCUCGUCAAGUCCUCACUGACGCCGAGGAAGAUCUUCGCCGCUACGAGCUGCACGUUGAGCCAAUCCAUUCGUAUUCUGGAAACCUUGGCGUAGGCGCAAUGCCUGGAAGCGUAACCAAUUCGGUUCCUGGGACUACCGCCUACGAGGGUACGACUAGAAGCGAGAGCCCAAGUGUCGAGAGGCAAUACAAUACCUUGGGCCCACAGAGAGACGGCGACGAUUUCCAGAGUGCUUCUUCGCUAACGGACGCGGAGAGAGUCGAGAGGCAGGAGCAGAUCCCGGGACAGCAUGCUACGAAUGUCGUUUAAGGGCCGACCAUCUGUCAUUGUUGGAGGAAAGCGGUGCGCACAGAGUGUAUCCGGUUCAUGCUUUA